UGGACUGAAUAUCAAACGAGACAAGUACUUUAAGUCAUCAAUCAGACGUAAAAGGUACAUAUAAAGACGAUUGAUUGGCCAAUGUUGUGACUAGGGGAGUGUUCGAGGCAUGGACACACGAGUAGGUAACAGUGAUUGCCGGGGACCCGGGACUGGCAGGGCAGAGCUUACCCGCUGUGUGUAGUACCACCACCCACUCGUGACGGGGCGGUCUGGGGACAGGAUGCGGCCGGGGUACAUAAGUUCCCUGCAUCAUGUCGCUGUGGUACAUAUGUAUACUAUUACCACCGGUGGAGACGAGUGUGCACUCCCGUAGCUGUGAUAGGCAGGCAGCGUUAAUCUACACACAGCGAGGAAAGGAGUGGACAAAAUGUACUUAGUCUUACUAUGGGCGACAGACCGACGUCAAUGUUGCUCUUCGUAGUGCUGGUGUUUGUCGCUAUCGUGCAGUCCUUGCCCCUGUCCGACAAACUGUAUGGGACCCACAAUGACCACGGCAAUCCGACAAACGCGGGGUCAACGAGCAAGGAUACCCCCGAUAAAUACCCACCAUCACCACCACCAUCACAUACACAUCAGGAAUUUGAUGACAAAGACACAAAACGGUACCCAAGUACUGGAGACCAAACCGUGGUAGAAGAGGUCCAGCAACAAGCAAAAGUCAAUAUUUCUCUGGACGGAAGUUUACGUAGUGAUUAUGAAAAGUCUAACGAUACAACUUUGGGCGAUAUUUCGGAUAUGUCGGAACACUCUCGUCACAGACGCUCUGGAAAUCCGUUUCAAAACAGUCACGUGAUUCCGUGUAGUUAUUCUGACAGACAUUACUGUCUCAACGCUGGCACGUGCGUUCUGGUGGCCGCGCUGGACAUCAAAACAUGCAGGUGUGAAAUCCCAUACACAGGAAUCAGGUGUGAAAUGAUAGACGUGGACUAUCUGAUGACACAGAUGAACACUCGGAUGAGCGAUGAACACAGGACUCAUUUCUCUUUCGGAUGGCACGGCUGAUAGUAGCUGUAUCAGCUCAUCAAGCAUACUAAUGGACUUGUCACGUGACUUGUGGGUGAUUGGCGCCAAAAGUGGUGGUGGUGUUGGUGGUGGAGGAAAAACAACUCCAGUCAUUCUUUUUACAGAGUGUUUACAGGUAACACAGUUGAUAAAGACAGACAAUUGGAGUUAUUGAAUCUUUCAUUUCAUAUACGGCAUAAUACAUCCUACAGGUGUAUUAACGUUAGUACCGUUGUGUGAGGCCAGGGUGAUACAUUAAUGUGCCGCACAUGCGCAGUGUUUCCAGUGAAUGGAGUUGCAACACAUACAGGUUUACGGUGUAACCUAGGUAACCAUCUACUCAUUUCUCGGCAUAUGAGAGAUAUUCUACCGUGAAAUAUGGUUUUCAACCAAAUAUCCCGUUCCUAUACAGGGAACACACACUGUGACGGACGCUGAAGUUUCGACAGCUAAAGUUGUUCUCGGAACAUUAUCCCUAGGUCACUUUCAUUAUCAAAGAGUCGACGAGGAUCCUCCUGGCAAACCUAAUGCAUUUACUUUCCAUCCAAGCAGACCUUUGUCUGAUGUCUUGUCCUGGAUGUCAGAGAUCACGAGAGUGAUGGUAGCGCCGUGUAUAGUUAUCUCCCCUUCGAACGUUGCAUCUUCAUUCCUAUCCCUGUGAUAAUGUCGUGAUGCGUGAGCGGAUGUGCUGUCCUUGACCAAACCAUAUAGCGUCAUCAAACAUAGCAAAAAUUAUUCCAAGUGUUUCGUUGUCUGUCAUCGAUAUAAAUUAAGUCGAUAUGACAGCUGUAUUAUCUGUUCUAUCUUUUAAAGAAAAUGUUACUUUUAAACAGAAAAGAGUUUCAUUUUGACAUCAUACUUCUUUAUCAAAAGAUUUUAUGGUCAAGGUUACAACACAGCCUUUCUGAACCUGGCAAUAUCUUGGAUGUGAACUCAAGGAGACAGAUGAUAGGCAAACCUAUCAUACACAUUACACCUAGUCGAUCAUGGAGACAUACCUAGGUACAGCGCUUACAGUGAUAUUUCACAGACGUGUCGCCGCCCUUUUAAGUCUAGUGGAACUUUAUUGUAUUAAAUCAUCAAACCAAAAUAAUGAUAAGACUGGAAUUUAAAAUCAUAUAGAACAUACUUAUACUUACUUACUGUCAGAUCUAUGUGAAAUGUAAUCAUAAGCCUAUAUAUAAAUAAUACUUCGGAUUACUUAUUUUAUAAUGGAAAAUAACCAAGGGAAGUCGAUUAUCGGCGGGCACAAAACGGAUUUAUCAGCCCAUGAGAAUUAUAUAACCUAUCAACCGACUAGUUUUGGAUUCAAUCCAUAAAAAGCUGAAUAGAUAUCGACUGAAAACCAUAUUGAAUUUAGCGUUAAAGUUUUCUAUUUACAAUCCAUUGCAGUGAAUGUACGAAACUGUGUCUGUGGCGUUAUUGUUGCAUUGUGUUGUCCUUAUUUAUGACGCCAUUUGGCAUUGUUGGUGGUAGUAAACCCCUUAAUUGGAUAUCUUGAAUAAAAAUACCAGCGGAGCACAGCAGAUUCUUGUAUUGUAUAUGCUCUGUGCGGUGCCUUUAUCUCUCACUGCUGCAACUCCCCCCUCAAACUGAUCGUAUUUGGUAGUUAAAUGGGUAAAGAAAUGUCUUUUUAAUUGUAUAUACUAAAACAUAUUAAAAUAUAAUAGGUUUAUUUAAUUUUGAGAUAUAAGUAUAAUAUCAAAAUAUAUAAUUAUUAUGGUAUUACAAAACUUCAAAGCAAUGCUACUUUCAUUAUAUAACUUUGAAUGAUAUCAACGAUGGAUAUCUCGUUACAAAGAAAUUGUUCAAAUUGUUUUUGAUCUCACAAGCGCAUUCGGUAUUAAAUAUGUCGUUAUGUAUUCAAGCAUAUUUGUUAAGACCAACCAAUAUAAAUGCCGGAGACCGUCUUAAAAUCAAAUUUUAUUCAUGUGCUAUUCAUUGUUUCGAUCGAUAUAAAUGCGCCCACAACUAUUUUACAGAGGUUCCCCAGUUAGUGAUAAUUGGUUAUCAUGUCUGCCUAACUCAAGUUUUGGGGUCUUUUUUCCCCCACAACAUUCAGAUAUAAAUUCUAAAAUGCAAUAUGUUUCUCUUGUGAAUGCAUUUUUCUUGUUUACGAUCAGGCAAACAAUUACCAUUGACCAUGACAAUUGUAGAUGACGUCACAAAACAUUGAAGAUUGACCAAUGAAAUCACGUUCGGGCUUUAUACACAACUCAUUGCAGGUUUAUGCGAUGAGUCGGGAGUGAGGAAACUGAGUAGGAUUUUGGGAGAAAAAAUAGUUAUAUGCAUGGUGGUUCCAAAGUCAAGUUUAACUAGAUACAUUUUUGAUGUACUUUUAGCAUAUCCGAUUUAUCGUCAGAUUUCUUGUUCAGCGAGAAACAUACUUUUCUUCUUAUUGGAACUAUAGCGUUAUCUUACGUAGAAAUGGUAGCUCAGUGAGUCGUACAAGCAGAUACAGGAAGACCUGAGCAAUGGUCGAUUGAAAAUCAAAAAGUACAGCAGAAUAUAUGUUAUAUAUAUAUCUUGUCACUUUAAAAUAGCCUUAAGUGUUCUUGUUAUUGGUUUUGAUUCGCCUGUACCGUAUUUAGUUGUUUGACAGAAAUUUAUCCAUUUCCUGGUAUACGACUUACCAUAAGUUACAAAUAAUGUAGUUACAAAUAAUUAACUAUACGGCUUUGCAUUCGUAAAGGGUUGUGAGUUCGACGAUUAAAUUUAAAGGAAUAUUUAUAUAUUUGCAUCGUGUAUUGAAAUAAUGGGGUUAUAUUAUAUCACUUUCACCAAACAUUAAUCAAAUAAUACUAAAUUGAAGGUAUGACGCAACCUAACCUGAUCACCCGAAAUAUUACCCGCGCCAACCGAUAUCCAGAUCUUUUCAGAGUUUUGAUACAUAAACCUGAUCGUAAAGCACCAAAUAGUAAGAGUGAUAGAGAAAAUGAAUUGGUUUGCGUUAAACGUGAUAAAAUUGUCGCGGUAUCUAUCAAUUAAGGCUGAUAAUAAAGUUAAAAUGAUAUUAAGUGAUGUUAUACUAAAAACCAAAUAAUGUUUUAUCUGCUCUAAACGAUAAAAAUGAUUUUUAAACGAAAUUACUAUAGUUUGUAUCCUCACGUUGAAACUAUAUAAUAAAUACGUAUGAUCUGUAUAAGAUCAAGUUAUAUAUAAUUAUUCAAAUGAACGGAAAACAAUCUAUUGAUGAUUGAUUGAAAGGGACGUAGAUGAAAGCGAGGCGUGUGUAAUCGAGAGCGAAAGGUGAGUGCGACAGACUGGGCGUGCGUUUCAUUGUGAGAGCCUCCCCCUUAGGAGGUAUGCUGAGGAUAGACUGGUCGUUAUGUUUGUAUUCAUAUCAGGUAAUUUAAGAAUUCGAUGUAUAUACUAGAUAAUGUAUUUUUGUUACACAAUAUAGACGAAAUGACUGACUAUUUUUAUCAGGAUUGCGAUGUUCAGAGUCUGGUUACUGUAACCAUAUUACGAGGGAAGAAAACAAAGAAAGAUUAGUAUAACUGUAUCUUGAUAAAAGGAAAUAACACCAACCACGCUGGUAAUUAUAUCAUCAUAUUUCCAAUGUUAGAAUGCAAAAUAUUUUCGCAUUGGUUGUUUGAUACACCAAAACCUGAAAGCAGAAACAAAGUUUGAUACAUUCAUUAAUAUGGUAACUAACCUCACUUAAAACAUCGGGUCUAUAUAUAUGGAUGUAUAAUUAUCUUUCUGGGAUCAUUUACAGUUCGUCUGACGCCUUGUUACAAACUUCUGUCACCUGUUUCUCAGGGUUCCCUGUGUUAAAUGUGAAUUUCUCCGUAUCUGAAUAAUUAUAUGAACUUGGUUUCGCCACAUCAAAUCGCUGACAUCAUUAUGAUCAUUUCUGAUGCUAUAGAUAAUAAUAUAUAUAUCAUGUAAAUAU